UCACUGUGGUUAGCUUGGCAGGUUAUACCCAUAACUGUAACUAAUGCUGUUUAUUUUGCUCUCAUUAGCCUGCUACUAAUAUUAAUUUGGGUUUUAUUUCCCCUUUCAGGCGUGGACCUGAGCAAUAUUGUGAAAGCUGUGCGACAGCCUGCCUCUGAGAAUGGGCAGAGGCAAAAGCAUCAAAUCCUGCUGACCCUGGAUUCCCUGGGGAGAGCCGUGGCUGACUCGGACCUGGCGGAGCUGCCGGAGCAGCUCGCGAGCUUCUCGGCGCAGUGCAGGGAGCAGUUGGCCUUCCGCUACCUGGCCGGGCAGAACGGGGCCUACCCCGUGGUGUUCUCUGCCUGCCAGCUGGCCUCAGGAGACAGGGAUUUGCUGCUCAAGGCCUUCUCCACCCUGUCUGCCCUGCUGGAUGGGCAGCCCGACCUGCUGGACGCUGCAGGGCAGGAGCUGCUGCUGCAGAGCCUGCGGGAGCGGCGGGAGGACGCGGAGCUGGCGCUGGCGGGGAUCCGCUGCGUCAGGAACGCCUGUCUGAAACACGAGCAGAACAGGCAGGACUUUGUCAAGGGGGGGAUCCUGCCCCUGCUCACUGGAACCAUCACCCAGCACGGGGACAGCGCCGACGUGGUCAGGAUGGCGGCCUCGGCCCUGCGGGUCAUGACCUUCGACGACGACAUCCGCGUGCCCUUCGGCCACGCCCACGACCACGCCAAGAUGAUCGUGCUGGAGAACGACGGGCUGAGGGUCCUCAUCGAAGCUGCAAAAGCGUUCACAGACAACUCCGGGGUUCUCAGUGAGCUCUGUGCCACCCUCUCUCGCCUCUCAGUCAGGAACGAGUUCUGCCAAGAGAUUGUGGACCUUGGGGGCUUAAAUUUUAUGGUGACUCUGCUGGCUGACUGCAUGGAGCACCCUGACGUGGUGAAGCAGGUGCUCAGUGCCAUCCGCGCCGUGGCCGGCAACGACGACGUGAAGGACGCCAUCGUCGACGCCGGGGGCACCGACCUCAUUGUCCUGGCCAUAAGCCAUCACCUGGCCAACCCUCAGAUCUGUGAGCAGGGCUGUGCUGCCCUGUGCAUGUUGGCUCUUCGGAAGCCCGAGAACUGCAGCGUCAUCAUGGAGGGCGGCGGGGCCCUGGCAGCACUGCAGGCCAUGAAAGCACACCCUCGAGAAGUGGCUGUCCAGAAACAGGCCUGCAUGCUGAUCCGCAACCUGGUCUCCCGGAGCCGGGACUUUUCCCAGCCCAUCCUGGAGAUGGGAGCUGAGAACCUGAUCACAGAGGCUCGUGCUGCUCACAGGGACUGCGACGACGUGGCCAAGGCUGCCCUGAGGGAUCUGGGCUGCAAAGUGGAGCUGAGGGAGCUGUGGACAGGCCAGAAGGGGAGCCUGGCCCAGUGAAUCCUCCCCCGCUGGGGGGGGCUCUGAAACACCUCUGUACCUGGAGUCUUGAGAGCAGGAAAACAACCCCAGUGGCAUGGAUUAAUCUGCACUGACACCCAGCUGGAAUAUCUGAAGCAAAUGCCUGGCUUGGGAGGCUGCAGGGAACUUUUUCUUGGGAGCUACAGCUGCAAAGGCUUUGUGCAUUCACAGGCUGCAACCCAACCCUGUGUCGUGAUCGUUCCCUGGAUCAUCUAAUGCCUGGAGAUGAUCUGCUCCCCCCUUAGCCAUGUUCCUUAGCAGGCCAGGGCUGCUCCCACGGGCUCUGCUCGUGCAGGGAGAGCAGGAGGGGCUCAUUCCUGGGCAGAGUUUGGUGCCGUGGCUGCUGCUCCCCGUUUGUCCCUCUGCUCGUGGGGCCUGGUCACGGGAUGGACGAGGAGGAAUCCUGGCAGUUGUGAACGUGUUCCUGUCCUGUUGUAGCUGUUCCCCUGUUAUUUUACUGCUGACCAUACCCUGUGUUGCUGCUUUGUUGGGGAUUUUCAGCCAACCUAACGUUUUAAACAAAAGCCAAGUGAGGGUUUGGGGUGAUGGGGCCCGGAGGAACAUUCCCUGGGAUGUUGCCUUUGGCAUCCAGGAGGAAAGUUCCAUGUUCUCCCUCAGUGGGGUGAGCAGGUCAGGGACUGGGAGUGGGGGUGGUAGUUUCCAAAGUAGGGAAGCAGGGAGCACUGGGGAGCCCAGGCUUUGUCACCUCUUAGCAGGGCAGCACUUCCCUGAACCCAGGAGUGCUCUAAUUGUGGUGGAGAGGCAAAGGACCACAUGGACUGAGGAAAACUGUGGAUUUGGGGGCAAAACAGGCCCCAGAAAGGCUCUGAAGUCUCAGCUAAAGGCUUCUGUGUUUUGCUGGGCUGUGUUACCAGCCCUGCUCUGGUGCUGAGCCUUCCUUUUGUGCUGCUGCUGCUCUUGUGUGUGAGUGGAUGUUUUUAACGUGGUAACUCUCUGUAGAAAUGUUGACCCUAUAAAACAUGGAAACUUC